GCAAGCACUCUGAAACUGGAAACUUCUCCUAGCUUCGGUGGGCUGUAGCGGUAUUUGUCUUCCCCAACGCUAUGCAUUCAGCAAGGAUUUAUAAUAUCUAGAAGUACGUAAAUAGGUUUAACAGGUAGAAGGCACAUAUGCAAUAGUAAUUCUUGGAGUAAUUUAUGUCAAACAGACUUAUUUGAGAUUUAAUUGGAUGUCUUCUUAAAAUGGCUACAGUUUUGGGGCAAUUUAUGGAGUUUCACCCAGUUCAUGGUGCCAAUGUGAAACUGGACUGCUAUGGGACUAAGGCCACUCGUGUUGAAAGUUUUGCUAAUGGAAUUUGCUUUAGUAAACAUCCUUUAAACCCUGGAGAGAUUUUCUUGGUGGAAAUCGAGGACAAGGAGAUAGGCUGGUGUGGCCACCUCAGGAUUGGACUAACAGCACAUGACCCUCAAAAGUUGGAGACGGUUCCUGAGUAUUCCCUGCCUGACCUGGUGGAACAGGGAGGAAGCUGGGUUUUUGCCAUAACCAGAAAUCAUAACAAAGUUAUUGAGAAUGAGGUUCAGGAGGCCCAAGGAGCAGGUGGGCAGCAAGCAGAUGAGGAUGAAGGCAGCAAUAUAAAAACAUUUUUCACUGAAAGUCACUUGUAUAUAGAUAAUUUAUGCAUACCAAAGGAUAAGUUGGUGGGACGUAGUCGGCCUGGUCGGUUCAGUCACAUCCUGGAUGAUCUGUAUAAAACGAACGCUUUGCCACCCACUGCCAGACGCAGUCGGAUAGGAGUUUUGUUUGUGCCAAAAAGACAAGGUUUUGCUGAUAUGCAUAUUGUCAUUAAUGGUGAAGACAUGGGUGCCUGUGCCAAAGGUGUUCCCACCAUUCAGCCUCUCUAUGCUGUUGUGGAUGUAUUCGCCGCUACUAAAAGUGUCAGAAUUGUACAAGUGGAAUAUGGCCUUCCCUCACUUCAGACACUUUGUCGAAAAACUAUUCAGAAGUACAUCAUUCACAGAAUGGCUUUGGACUGGUUGGAGCUCCCAGAGAUGCUAAAACAUUACUGUAAAUUUGAGUAACAAAGUCAUGGGAGAACUGGAAAAGCUCUGACAGUUGCACAGCUAACAGUUGGAUUAUAACAUUUGUUCAACACAUGUAAAUAACAAAUGGUAAACAAUUACAUGUAUGUAAGAUAUUAUUAUUUAUUAUUUA